AUGGCUACUCGUGCGUCUAAUCGUCAAGCCGCCCAAAAGGCGAAGAAGGCUAUUACAGCCUCUACGGAUGGUAACUCUACAGGUUCAAAGCGGAAGGCUGCCUCUGAAAAAACAAAUCAACCCAAGAAGAAGAAAGAGGAUUCCAAAACGGAGGAUUCCAAGACGGAGGAGUCCAAGACGGAAGAUUCCAGGCCAGAGCCCAAAAAUGAGUCGCCCGAUCGAAACUCAGACCUCGUAAUUGACGCUCCGAAGGAAGAACGGCCUGAUGUGAAGUCAGAAGAGGCUCCUUCUCACCCACCGACCUCAGCGUCCCAAGAGCCACAGCCUGGACCUGCUCCACCCACUGAACUUGGUGUCAAAAUGUCUGAAGAAAGGGAAGACGUGGUGCCAUUCAAUAUUCUCGAAAAAGGCAUCAUAUACUUCUUCUUCAGACCUCGCGUCAAUGUAGAGGAUCCGCACAGCAUGGACGAAGUUGCACGAAGUUUUGCUGUCCUUCGCCCGACUCCUCUAGGCGCCGAACUGGACAAGGGACAAGGCCCUCUCGACAAGGAUGCUAAGUGUCGUGUCAUUAUGCUACCGAAGAAAAAGUUCCCCACUUCCCAUACCGAGAGGGACAUGGCCUUUGUGGAAAAGGCUGGCCAAUCCAUGAAAGACCUGCAGGAAAAUUUCAUCGCCAGCACGACUUACCAGACCAAAACCAAGGGGGAGCGUACAACGCAAGAGGCUAAACCGUAUGCGGAAGGGGUCUAUGCCAUCACCUCGACCACACGCGCAUCUCAUCUCGCGUAUAUCAUUACCUUGCCUAAAGAGCUGGGGGAGAUCCAGGAAAACUUCGGUCUCCAUGAGCGUGGCAGCUGGAUAGCUCAGUCGAAGAACCCCAAGUUCCCAGGUCCUCCAGUUGGACAAUUGCCGAAGGAUCCAGAAUACCCUGAACCAGUCAAAGAGAAAUUCGGAGAUCUUCGAUGGGUCCCUCUUGAGCCAGAGUUCAUCAACUACCCAAACGCUCAAAUUUUGCUUAUUGGCGAAGCGCAGGAUAGUCUCGGCAAAGCUGGUGUGGCCGAAGGGAAGAAAGAGCCCCACGAGCAAGAGCCGGGCCAAGAACUUGAGAAACUGGAACAAGAGAAUGAAUCCCGGACUCAAGCCUUGAAGGGCGACGAAACAAUUUUUCAAGAUCUGGGGAUUUUUGCGAAAAGCUACCCGCAACUUCCGACUACUUGGGAUACCUGA